AUGAAUUCCACUCUAGCGCAGUACACGACCAACUGGAACAGGGGCGACAAACACGGGGCCAGCCGCCAGAAGGACACGAGUACUGUGUACCUACAUAGUACCACAGACCGCAGGUAUAGAGUACGGCAGAAGCCGACGGCGCACGAGGCUCAAGCGCACAACUCUUACUCCCCCUACACGACUGCUUUUUCAUCUUGUCUUGUCGAAUCUGCUACGAGGCGCCCAGGAAGCACGUCAGCUCGAAUCGAUCCAUCAUUCAUCAAAGGUCAACGGUGUUCGGCGAGUGGCUGUUUGCGCCACUUCUCCGUCAUUCCGGCGGGACAGUCUGCUUGCUCAGCCACGACUUGGCCCCGACUUUCCACGCCCAAGUUCCGGCUUUCAAUACCACUUGCUGCACAGUCUCCUUCUCCACACCUUGCCCAUCACAAAUCACACAUCAUGGAAGCGCCGGUAGUCAAAUUCAAAAAAAGGAACGCCAAAGCUGCGCCUCGAAAGAUUGCGCCACCGCCGCCACAAUCAGACUCGGACGCUUCCUCUGGAUCAGACGCAGAGGGCGAGGACGGUCGCGUGGUGAAGCGCAGAAAGACAAAUGGGAAUGCCUUGAAAGCCUCCACGGUAGAUCAAAGGGCAAACACGGCAGUAGAAGGCACGACAACAUACGAAGCCAACAGUUCUGCGGUCAUACAAGCAAGCGAUGACGCCACGCGCCAGUCGAAUUGGUACGACGAGAAUGCAGACGAAGCCCUCAGCUCGAAAAAUCUCCUCGGAAGCUCACGGCUCAGCGCAAAACCGCAAACGUUCAUCCAGAAGAAUCCUGAUGCGCCGAAUCGCAAAGUGGGCCCCCAAAAGUCCUCGACCAACGUGCGGACCAUCACAGUCACAGACUACACACCCGAUGUGUGCAAGGACUACAAACAGACGGGAUUUUGUGGUUUCGGCGAUAACUGCAAGUUCCUGCAUGCGCGUGAGGACUACGCUGCAGGCUGGAAGCUAGAUAAAGAGUGGGAGAUGUCGACCAAGGGCAAGAAGCCUGGGGGCACCGUCGUCGCCUCAGCGAACAGGGACGAGAAGGAAAAGGACGAUGAUGGUGUCGACUAUGCACUGUUGGAGAAGAUACCAUUUGUUUGCAUCCUAUGCAAACAAUCGUACAAAAGCCCGAUCAUCACCAAGUGUGGGCAUUAUUUCUGUGAGGCCUGCGCAUUGAAGAGAUAUCGAAAGGAUCCGACAUGUGCGGCGUGCAAUGCAAAGACGUAUGGGGUGUUUAAUGGCGCGAAGAAUCUUCAAAAGCUGCUGGACAAGAAGCGAAAGUAUGAAGAUAAGAAGCAAGCGGAGAAGGAAGCCGCAGAGAAGGAGGAGGAAGACGGCCGAUUCGAGCUCAAAAGGAGACUCGGGCCACUCAUCGUGAAGACCCUACAGUCAGUGCUUCUCCAUGCCUUUGCAUAUUCUGGCCGUGAACGAGUCCAUGCAAACGAGACCCCCACUCCUAUCAGUAAUACCACCCCCACUCCACCCCGCAACCCCCACGGAAUGAAUAGCACAUGCAUCGGUAACUGCAAGCAGUUGACAUGCAAACACGAACCACGAACCACGGGCGAUGCGUGA